CUUAAUUUUCUAGACACUACUUUUGAACCUUCCUCUCUCUCCAUCUCUCUCCUUCAGUGUCUGAGAAUUUUGAGUUUCCUAUAUAUAUAAACACCAUUCUCUAUGUUUGAUAUGUGUCUGUCUUCUUAUCUCUCCCUGCCUUAAUUUAAUUUGCUUUCUGGAAAAAGAAAUGGGUGUUCUUGAUUAUCUGUUCUCCAACUUUUGCACUUCACCCAGCACAAAAACUAAAUACAAAGCAAUGCAGUGUCUGUUUCCAUACACGAAGUUAAAAUUACAGUGAAGUGUGGACAACUACAAAAGCUAAGGAAAAUUGUUUCUACUCUUACUGUAGUUUCUGCUCACUGUGUACGCAAACAUGCACUCAAGAGACAGUUGAGAUCAAAGUGAAAAUGGACUGCGAUGGAUGUGAACGAAGAGUCAGAAAUGCAGUGGCUACAAUGAAAGGAGUAAAAUCUGUGGAGAUAAAUAGAAAGCAAAGCAAGGUAACAGUGAUUGGUGAUGUUGAUCCAAACAAGGUGUUGAAGAGGGUUAAAAGUACAGGCAAGAAAAGAGUUGAAUUUUGGCCUUAUAUUCCACAGCAUGUAGUGUCUUAUCCUCAUGCUCCUGGAGUGUACGAUAAAAGGGCACCGGCAGGUUAUGUUAAAGACGUGCAAACAUUCCCAGCAUCCAGUGAGACAGAAGAGAAACUCAUGUCCUAUUUCAGUGAAGACAAUGUAAAUGGAUGCUCCAUCAUGUAACCAAUCUUACAAGAACUUAUUUUGUAGUGUGCGUUUCGAUUUCUGUUAUCAAACGUUAUAAUCAUUUGUAACAGAAAUUAAUCAUGUCUCAUGAGUGAAUGGAAAAAAAUAGUGAAGACAAUGACAAUCCAAAUACAUUAAUUAGUUGUUCAAGUUGCAGCUUUUUCUUUGCA